CGGAGCCGCGCCGGGACUUUCCCGGGGCAGCGGCGGCGGCGGCCGGGCAGCUCGCCGUGCUGGGGCUGGGGCUGCAGCGGUGAGGAGGAAUGCGGAGGAAGAGGGAGCGCGCCCCGGCGCCCCGCUCCCGUCCUGCCCCUUCGCGAGCAGUCUCCGGCGGCUUCCUGCCGGCGGGCGGCCCCUGACCCGGCGGGACCCCGUCUGCGGCAGCCGGCGGCGAUGCUGGGGCUGGACGGGCUGCUGCGCCCCGCCGCCUGCUCCCCGGCCGCCGGCCGGCCCCGCGCCGACAUGGAGGAGCCCUACCAGCCCUGCCUGGACGGGAUUGACUACGAUGACUUCAGUUUCAGCUCGCACAUGAUGGAGCAGAAGGAGCCCCUGAUGGAGACGGCGGAAGGUCCCUACCUUGUCAUCAUCGAGCAGCCAAAGCAGCGUGGUUUCCGAUUUCGGUACGGCUGCGAAGGCCCUUCGCACGGGGGGCUGCCGGGAGCAUCCAGCGAGAAGGGGCGCAAGACAUAUCCCACUGUGAAGAUCUGCAACUACACAGGCAUGGCCCGGAUCGAGGUGGACCUGGUGACCCACAGCGACCCUCCGCGGGUGCACGCCCACAGCCUGGUGGGCAAGCAGUGCAACGAGGCCGGCAACUGCGUUAUGACUGUGGGCCCCAAGGACAUGACUGCUCAGUUCAACAACCUUGGUGUGCUCCAUGUCACCAAGAAGAACAUGAUGGAGAUCAUGAAGGAGAAACUGAAGCAGCAGAAGAUGCGCAACAGGAGUCAUCUGCUGACGGAAGCUGAGCUGCGCGAGAUUGAGUUGGAGGCAAAGGAGCUGAAGAAGGUGAUGGACUUGAGCAUUGUGCGGUUGCGCUUCACUGCCUACCUUCGCGACAGCAGCGGGAACUUCACACUGUCCCUCCAGCCUGUCAUCUCGGACCCCAUCCACGACAGCAAGUCCCCAGGUGCUUCCAACCUGAAGAUUUCGCGGAUGGAUAAGACGGCAGGCUCGGUGCGGGGAGGGGACGAGGUCUACUUGCUGUGUGAUAAAGUUCAGAAAGAUGACAUCGAGGUGCGUUUCUAUGAGGAUGACGAGAACGGCUGGCAAGCCUUUGGGGACUUCUCCCCCACGGACGUGCACAAGCAGUACGCCAUCGUCUUCCGCACACCCCCGUACCACAAGCCCAAGAUCGACCGCCCCGUCACAGUCUUCCUACAGCUGAAGCGGAAGCGAGGGGGUGACGUGAGUGACUCCAAACAGUUCACCUACUACCCCGUGGUGGAAGAUAAGGAGGAAGUGGAGAGGAAGCGCAAGAAAGUCCUGCCCCAGUUUCCCCAGCACUUUGGCGGGGGCUCACACAUGGGGGGUGCUGGCGGGGGCGCCGGGGGCUUUGGCUCUGGCGGAGGCGGGAACCUCAGCUACCCCUACUCGCCCGGGCUGGCGUACAAUAACAUCUAUUCAUCUGGCCCGCACCCCGUUGGGGGCUACCAGGGCGGCGUGCAGAUGAAGGCCCCCAGCACGGACGGGGACGGGGGCGACAGGCAGGUGCCCACGGAGAGCACGUACUGCCAGGAGCUGCAGAAACACGCCCAGAUCUGUCACCUGUGGAUGCUGGCACUGGCCCGUCGCAACGCCCAUGCCCUGCUCGACUACUCCGUCACUGCUGACCCCCGCAUGCUGCUGGCUGUCCAGAGGCACCUGGCUGCCUCACAGGAUGAGAAUGGAGACACGCCUUUGCACCUUGCUAUUAUCCACGAGCAGACAGCUGUGAUCAAGCAGCUGAUUGAGGUGGUUGUUAGCAUCCCCAACCAGCAGAUCAUCAAUGUCACCAACAACCUGCAGCAGACGCCGCUGCACCUGGCAGUCAUCACCAAGCAGCCCCAGGUGGUCCAGCUCCUGCUGCAAGCCCGUGCUGACCCCACCUUGCUGGACCGCUAUGGCAAUUCUCUGCUGCACCUGGCACUUCAGGCUGGCGAUGAAGAGAUGCUGAGGACGCUGCUGGCCCAUCUGGGCUCGGCUGCCCCUUAUCUGCUCCGUCUGCCUAAUUUCCAUGGCCUCCUACCUGUGCAUCUGGCUGUAAAAGCAAAGAGUUUGGCCUGCCUGGACCUGUUGGUCAGGAAGGGAGCGGACAUCAAUGCUGUGGAGAGGCAGGGUGGGAGGACUCCGCUGCACCUGGCUGUGGAGAUGGAGAACCUGAACAUGGCCACCCACCUGGUGAAGAAGCUGGGAGCAGACGUGAACAGCCGGACCUUUGCUGGGAACACCCCCCUGCACCUGGCUGCUGGCCUGGGCUCCCCCACCCUCACCAAGCUGCUCCUCAAAGCGGGAGCGGAUGUGCUGUGCGAGAACGACGAGCCAGUGAGCCCGUCGUCGUCGGAAGCGAGCAGCGACACAGACGCCGACCCUGAGGAGCAGGAGCUGGGCAUGGAGCUGGAGGAGCCGACCCCCGGCACAGAGUGCAGCUCAGACCCCGAUCCCGCCGCCGAACGGGCCUGGGGGGAGGCAAGGCCCAGGCAGCGCCGGUGCCACACACCCUUGGACCUCACUCGGAGCCAGAAGGUGCGGGAGAUCUUGCUGCAGGCCUCGCAGCAGAGCCCCGAGUGUGAGCUGCCUGCCGCCCCCCGGCCAGGGAAUGUCCUGUCCCUCGACAGUGAAACGCUGCAGGGCUUGGAGCAGCUGUUGAACCAGGACUGCAGUGGCUCAGACUGGACCGAACUGGCCAAGAGACUGGGGUUGUGCAGCUUGGUGGAGACCUACAAGGACACAGCUUCACCCAGCAUCAGCCUCCUGCGCAGUUACGAGCUCGCAGGCGGCAGCCUGGGGGGGCUGCUGGAGGCGCUGGACUCCAUGGGGCUCCACAAGGUCGUGAGGAUGCUGCGCAAAACGGAGACGCUGGAGAAGCUGCAAAGCACAGAGAUCAAGGAAGACAGUGCCUACGGGAGCCAGUCGGUGGAAGAGGAGCAGCCGCCGGCGCUGGCCCUGAAGCCGUGCCCGGCGCCCCCGGCCGAGCUGCUGCGCAGCCAGCAGCCGCAGGUGCACUGAGCGCCGGGAGCCCGGCCGAGACUCGGCGCCCGGGCCAUGGGGCGCCCGGGGGUCCCCGUGGCUCCUAUGCAAGUGCCUUCUGGACUUGGGGCUUCCCUGCAGCCCCCCGCCUGGACUUUGGGGGCACAGGGUGCAGCCUGCUCUUAUUUAAUGGUCCCUCCCCUGGUGAAUAAAGGGGGACAGUUCCCAUUAACCUCU